AUGCUAACUUGGGAGAGCCAGGUUAGGUUUGCAAGCAACACCGCCUUGACAAAGAAGCUAGCCUUCAUUACAUUCCUCAUCAUUGCGUUAUGUCCCGUCACAACGGUCAUGUCUCAAGACCACAAGGUCAAGCCAGGUUCAGACGCAGAUUCCCUCUUGAGAUUCAAAGACACUUUAACAAAUGCUUCUGUCAUUAGCAGCUGGGACCCAUCAACACCACCUUGCAUGAAAAAAUCAUCAAACUGGUUCGGUGUUCUCUGUUUCGCGGGACAUGUCUGGGGCUUACAACUCGAAGGAAUGAGUUUAACCGGGAAGCUAGACCUAGAACCAUUGACUCACAUCAAGAACCUAAGAACCUUAAGCUUCAUGAACAACGAUUUCGAUGGUGCAAUGCCACCUGUCAAGAAACUCGUCUCGUUGAAGUCAUUGUACUUGUCUAACAACAGAUUCUCAGGGGAGAUACCCGCUGAUGCGUUUGAUGGUAUGCAUCAUUUGAAAAAACUUUUGUUGGCGAACAACGCAUUUCGUGGGAAUGUACCUUCUUCUUUAGCUUCUUUGCCAUUGCUUCUAGAGGUGAGGCUAAAUGGUAACCAGUUCCAAGGAGCCAUACCUGAUUUUAAACAGAAAGAUCUUAAGUUAGCUAGCUUCGAGAACAAUGACCUCGAAGGACCGAUACCCGAAAGCUUACGAAACAUGGAUCCUGGCUCCUUUUCAGGGAACAAGGACUUGUGUGAUCCUCCAUUAGCCUCAUGCUCAGAGGGUACAUGGUUUUUUCUGAAUCCCCCUUCUACUUCAACGGAGAAGAACAAGAACAAUACCAACUCAUUCUACACCAUUUCAAUCGUUUUGAUUGUCAUUGGUGUAAUACUAGUGAUCAUCUCUCUUGUGGUUUGUAUCUUUCACACCAGAAAACAGAAAUGCUUGUCUGCUUAUCCAUCUGCUGGACAAGACAGGGCAAAUAAAUACAGUUAUGACCAACCUGCAAGCAUGGAGAGAGCCGGGGAGUCUGUUAAUAGCUAUACUACAAGGAGAGUAUCAUCAGCACCGGACCAGGACAAACUCUUGUUUCUUCAAGAAGACAUUCAGAGAUUCGACCUUCAAGAUCUUCUAAGAGCUUCUGCUGAAGUUCUUGGGAGUGGUUGCUUUGGUGCUUCUUACAAAGCAGGGAUUAGUAGUGGCAAGACUCUGGUUGUGAAGAGGUAUAAACAUAUGAACAAUGUGGGAAGAGAUGAGUUUCAUGAGCAUAUAAGGAGGUUAGGGAAGCUGAGUCAUCCGAAUCUGUUGCCUCUUGUGGCUUACUAUUACCGUAGAGAGGAGAAGCUUUUGAUUGCUGAGUUCAUGCCUAACCGUAGCUUAGCUAGCCAUCUUCACGCGAAUCAUUCUGUGGACCAACCUGGUUUGGAUUGGCCAACAAGGCUAAAGAUUAUACAAGGAGUUGCUAAGGGUUUAGGUUACUUGUUCAAGGAGCUACCAACACUAACCAUCCCACACGGUCAUCUCAAGUCAUCAAACGUUGUACUUAACAAAGGAUUUGAGCCUCUCUUAACAGACUACGCGCUAAGACCAGUGAUGAACUCAGAGCAGUCUCAUAACCUAAUGAUUGCUUAUAAAUCUCCAGAGUACAGCUUAAAGGGACAUAUAACGAAGAAGACCGAUGUUUGGUGCCUCGGUGUCCUGAUCUUGGAGCUUAUAACUGGUAGGUUCCCUGAGAACUAUCUAAGUAAAGGGUACGAUGCUAACAUGAGCCUCGUGACUUGGGUGAGUGACAUGGUUAAGGAGAAGAAAACGAGUGACGUGUUUGACAAGGAAAUGAUUGGGAAGAAGAAUUGUAAAGCAGAGAUGCUAAGUUUGUUGAAAAUAGGGUUUAGCUGUUGUGAAGAAGAUGAAGAGAGGAGGAUGGAGAUGAGAGAUGCUGUGGAGAAGAUAGAGAGGUUAAGUGAGUCUUCUGAUACUGACUUGGACGCUUCUACCAAUGUCUUUGCUUCUCGGUUGAUAGAAGAUGAUGACGUUGGUUUUGCGGUGAAUCGAUGA